CAUCUGUACUUUUCUCUGAACCAGACGCAGAUCUAGUCGGUUAUCGAUUAUAUCUGAGUUCAACUAGUGUGGUCUGACACCGUCCAGUCUGUGCAGUCGAGCCCAGGCUCAUCGCUCCUGCUCCUGUUGACGUGGUAACCGUGACUGUUAUCAGUUGAGCUUAGGUUCCUGUUAUUCAUGACCAAAAGUUAGCAGAGUCCUGCUGUUAAAAGAAGGCAGUCAUGCUGGACUUCGCUAUCUUUGCUGUCACGUUUGUCAUCAUCUUGGUCGGCGCUGUUCUCUAUUUGUACCCGUCAUCAAGAAGAGCCUCUGGCAUCCCAGGUUUCAACCCCACAGAUGAGAAAGAUGGGAACCUGCAGGACAUUGUGAACAGAGGUAGUCUGCAUGAGUUCCUGGUCAGUCUGCAUCAGGAGUUUGGCUCGGUGGCAUCCUUCUGGUUUGGCGGGCGGCCCGUGGUCAGCCUUGGCUCCGUGCAUCAACUACAGCAGCACAUCAACCCAAACCACUCCACUGACUCCUUUGAGACCAUGCUGAAGUCGUUGCUAGGUUACCAGUCUGGCAUUGGAGGUGGAGCCAAUGAGAGCGUGAUAAGGAAGAAGGUGUAUGAGAAUGCCAUCAACACCAUGCUGAAGAACAACUUCUCUCUUGUGCUUAAGCUGGUGGAUGAGUUGGUGGGAAAAUGGAGGUCUUUCCCUGAAGAUCAGCACACCCCACUUUGUGCCCACCUGCUGGGCCUGGCCUUGAAGGCUGUCACCCAGCUGGCCCUGGGAGAACGCUUCAGAGACGACACCGAAGUCAUUUCCUUCCGCAAGAAUCAUGAUGCGAUCUGGUCCGAAAUUGGGAAGGGCUACUUGGACGGAUCCCUGGAGAAGAGCUCCAGCAGGAAAGAACGCUAUGAGAAGGCUCUGUCAGAAAUGGAGUCCAUGUUGGUGUCAGUGGAAAAGGAGAGAAAAGCUCAGCGGAGGCAGACAGCCUUCGUGGAUUCUCUGCUUCAGUCGAGUCUCACAGAGCGACAGAUCAUGGAAGACUGCAUGGUUUUCACUCUCGCUGGAUCUGUGAUCACUGCCAACUUGUGUAUCUGGGCACUUCACUUUCUGUCCACCUCAGAGGAAGUCCAGGACAAACUGUACCAGGAGCUGGAGGACGUCUUGGGGUCUGACCCGAUCUCUCUGGACAAAAUCGCUCAGCUCACAUACUGCCAGCAGGUCCUGAAUGAGACGGUGAGGACGGCCAAACUAACCCCUGUCGCCGCUCGGCUUCAAGAAGUGGAGGGCAAAGUCGAUCAACAUGUCAUCCCCAAAGAGACAUUGGUGAUCUAUGCCUUGGGAGUGGUCCUGCAGGAUUCAGAGACCUGGAGGACCCCAUACAGAUUUGACCCAGAUCGGUUUAAGGAGGAAUCGGCGAGGAAAAGCUUCUGUCUUCUGGGAUUCUCAGGGAAUCAAACGUGUCCAGAGCUCAGGUUUGCAUACACUGUAGCUACUGUGCUGCUCAGCACUUUGGUGCGACAGCUGAAGCUCCACCAGUUGAAGGGCCAGGUCAUGGAGGUCAGAUCGGAGCUGGUCUCCACACCUAAAGAUGAAACCUGGAUCACUGUCAGCAGGAGAAGCUAGAAGGGGGUAGGAGUCCUGUUCCAAAACGGCAAUACAUUCAGAUCAAAAAACCUUACCAGCACUAAAAAUACUCCAGAGGAUCCAUUUUUCUUCAAUCACACUACUCGCAUUCGCCUUUGUCUUAAGUCCUUUUGAAAUGAAACUCUUCUCUUGUGUAUACCUGAAGAUGACUUUGUCUUUGGUGGAAUUAACUCAUUUUGUUUUGCAUAAAGGUUGCGCCGCCACAGUAUUCCCAUGACUGUCUUUUCAGGUGCUUUGUGAAGAGACGCCUUAAGCACAUGAUUACCUUGUCUUUCUGCUGCUCACAUUUGAACUUGUUGAAAGACUCCGUCUGUUAGAGGAGUGGGAAAUCAGCGCUCUGAUGCUCUACGACGUAGGGAAACACAACUUGUGCUGCCAAAAAGAUUCUUUGUAAUUCCAAGAACAGCUGCUGUGAGUGGAAACUCCCAGUGGCUUUGGCCUGUGUUUAUUAAAAGGGGUUUUUUGAAAGACAAGGCUGCUGACAUUGUAGACAUUUCAUUCCUUUGUAAAACACAGAUGCAUUUUACACUUUAUUAAAAUGAACAUGACAAUGUGCAGAA